AUGCCCUCGAGAUGUGGCACCGAGGAUGAGGAGGGGCCGGAGGGGGUCAAAAGCACCCCCUGGUGCGUGCGUGUCCCCUCAGGACCCCAGAACCUGACCUGCGUGUCCUACAAGCACCCGAGCGUGCGGGGCAGGCUGGGGGAUGCGGGAGCGGCCGGAGCCGUUCGCUGCCCCCCCGGGCAGUGCUGCAUCGGCAUCUGGAACCGCAGCCACGCUCUGGUGCAGGGCUGCUGGGGGGGCCGGGGGGCCGCCUGUCCCUCGGCCACCUGCGCCCUGAGCCCCGCGGGACCCCCCGGCGGCUCCGUGCUCGUGUGCCUGUGCCACGGUCACCUCUGCAACGGCAACGCCACCGGGAGCCCGGCGGGGACCGGCGCGGCCGCGGGGCUCGGGAGGCCCCGCCUGGGCACGGCGCCCGGCCGGGGGGCGUCCGCGGGGACCCUGUGGCUGUGGGGGGCCGGACCCCUCCUCCUCAUCCUCCUCACCUGCCUGGGCAUCCUCGGGCUGCGACGGACAAGAGCCCACCCGAGGCGGCCACCGCGGGGGGGGCGGAGAAUCGGGGUCCCCCCGGAGCCCCCCAGCCCGGACCUGCCUGCGCUGCACUUCCUGCAGGUGCUGCAGUCGGGGCGCUUCUCGGCCGUGUGGCGGGGCACGCUGCGCCAGCGGCCGGUGGCCAUCAAGGCUUUUGCGGCCGGAGCCGGCCGGAGGUUCGCUGCCGAGCGCGCCGUGCAUGCGCUGCCGCUGAUGGAGCACGAGAACGUGGCCAGGCUGCUGGACACCACUCAGGACCCCCGGCGGGCACAGGCGGGCACCCUGCGGUACCUGGCACCCGAGAUCCUGGACGAGAGCCUUGACCUGCGGGCGUGGGGCCGGGCGCUGCGCCAGGCCGAUGUCUACGCGCUGGCACUGCUGCUCUGGGAGAUCCUGUCCCGCUGCCAGGCGCUGAGCCCCGGAGCCCCGGUGCCGCCGUUCCGCCUGGCUUACGAGGCCGAGCUGGGCUCCAGCCCCACCGGGGCGCAGCUCCGGCGUUUGGCUGCGGACGAGAGGCGGCGGCCGCUGAUCCCGCCGGCCUGGCACCGCGCCCCGCAGCCCGGGGGGGCUCUGCCGGAGCUGCUGGAGGAUUGCUGGGACCCGGAUCCCGAGGCGCGGCUCUCGGCCGAGCGGGCGCUGCAGCGGCUGCAGCGUUUGGCCGCGGGGCCCGCACCGACCCCGGGGGACCCCGGCCCGGGGGCCGCCCCCCGCCAGGUCCCGGAGUCUCCCCCCAUGUGGAACCCUGGUGCAGGUACAGGGGGACACCCCAAACUGGGGGGGCUGCCUUGA